AUGGGCAAAACUAUUCUCGCCUCCUUCAUCUUCUACUCACACACCCCUUCCUCACUCGUACACUCUUUCUGUCUCUUUUUUGGCAUACUCGAGAGCUCCGAGAGAGAAUUUUAUUAAUACUUAACAAUUCAUAAUAUAUAAAUGUAAUACAAAUACAUUAGAAGUUGGAAAAUUUGUUGGCUACCUAACCAGCCCAGGUGGAUAAUCUCCUAAAUGCCCCCCACCAACACCAAGCACAGAGGGAGCAAGACGUUUAGGCAAUGAAAGGAGAGGCAUCGGAGGUUGAAAGUUAAAGUGGAAGAAUAUGAAGUUAGGUGCAGUGUCUGAGGAAGCAAAGCCUAUCCCAUAAACGACAUCCUGAAUCGGCUUUUAAAUCCUUUCCCUUCCUAAAAAGGUAGUAGUCCCUCUCCCAUACAACACCAGACUCUUCCGUAGAGCAAAGACAAAGCCAACCAAAAACACCACACACACACCCACUCCUCCUUAUCUCCAACUCAAUCUCCUCGAAGACCCAGAUGGAUUCCAGUCACCAAACGCCACAAUCCCAAGAAUCCACCAUUGAAGAACAGAAUCUGCAACAGGAAGAGCUUCUUCCCAUUGUUCCGUCGCAAUCCAUUUCGCCUCCAUUUGCUACUGCCUCUUUCUCUCUUUCUAUAUCCACAAUUCUACCCACCCACUUUUUCAACCAGCCCAAAAUCUCUUCUUUGUUUUCCAGCGCACCAGCCAAGGCCAAAAUCCCCACUCAGGCCUCCUCCCUCUCUCACCUCUCGCUCUCCUCCUCUACUCUCUCUCCUCCCAAGCUCUCCUUCAAAUCUACCAUCUCCGCUAACCCUCUUCAGAACAUUCUUUCUCUGGGCCCACGCCGCCCCGCUGACCCCUCCAAUGCCGCCGGAAUUCGUCGAGCUUCUAUCGUUUGGUUUCGCAACGACUUGCGUGUCCAUGACAACGAGUGCCUUAACUCUGCCAAUGAGGAGUCCAUGUCUGUUUUGCCUGUUUACUGCUUUGACCCCAGAGAGUAUGGCAAAUCCUCUUCUGGGUUCGACAAGACUGGUCCUUAUCGUGCCACUUUCUUAAUCGAAUCGGUUGCUAACCUCCGCAAGACCCUUCAGGCUAGAGGGUCCGAUCUUGUGGUCAGACUUGGGAAGCCGGAAACUGUAUUGGUUGAGUUGGCCAAGGCCAUUGGAGCUGAUGCUGUUUAUGCACACAGGGAGGUGUCUCAUGACGAGGUUAAGGCCGAGGAGAAGAUUGAGGCGGCCAUGAAAGAUGAGGGAGUCGAGGUGAAAUACUUCUGGGGAAGUACUUUGUAUCACGUGGACGAUCUACCUUUCAAGUUGGAAGAAAUGCCGUCGAAUUAUAGCGGAUUCAAGGAGAAAGUACAGCGAAUGGAAGUAAGGAAGACCAUUGCUGCAGUGGAUCAACUGAAGGGGAUGCCAUCAAGAGGAGAUGUGGAGCCUGGCGAGAUCCCUUCUUUGCUGGAUUUGGGUCUCAACCCCACCCAGGAAGGAAAGCCAGUUGCUAAUGCUUCAAUGGUGGGAGGGGAGACUGAAGCACUACAAAAACUUAAGACAUUUGCAGCAGAGUGCCAAGCACAACCGCCUAAAGGAGGCAGCCAUGACACUAUAUAUGGUGCAAAUUUCUCCUGCAAAAUUUCUCCAUGGUUAACCAUGGGAUGCAUCUCUCCUCGUUCCAUGCUUGAUGAGCUAAAGAAAACUGCUACCAGAACUAUUUCUGCUGCCUCAAACCGUAAUGAUGGUGGUAGCUCUUCAGACACCGGAACGAACUGGUUGAUGUUUGAAUUGAUGUGGAGGGAUUUCUUCAGAUUCAUCACCAAGAAGUACAGUUCUCCAAAGAAACAGCUUGAAGCAGCUCCAGCCACAGCUUGCACAGGUGCCCUUGCAUAGGUGACAAUCUAUUUUGGCUGGUGAAAGAAAGCGCCUUUUUUUUUUGGUUUCACAUGAAUUGAGUUCUUAUUAGUUUCGACCGUGUAGCAGUUAGAUGUAGUAGUGUUGAUCAAAGGGAGAUCCCCCUUCAAACUUCUUUUGCUACCUGUCAAAUAAAUUUGUUAAAUUUGAAAACUGCGUUACUUCAGAGAACUUUUCUGGUUGUUCUUCCUCA